UGAAGGAAUUGUUCGACAAGAGUAAAUUUGGAACUUCGGUAAUAAAAUUUAAAAUUAGCUGGAAGUAUCUGGAAUCGUUCCUCCUCCAUUGCCAAACAUCAGGUGAAAAUACCUCAGGUAAAAGUGAAGACAGAUGACGGCGCUCAGCCGCGACAGCCGACGGCGGCUUAGUUGUAUACAAAAGCUCGGCUGUGACGCUUGUGUAUAGUUCGUCCUCGUAUCAUCCUCCAGUACCAUUAUGUGGUAGCGUUUUGUGUGGAUUGUAUUUGCAACGGGAUACAAGAGUUAUCAGUGCAGUUACAGGAAGGGAACCAAAUAAACCGAGAGUUCCAGCACCACAGAUUUUGUGAAAAACUAGAAACAAGGUGUAGGUCCUGACCGGUUUCGACUUUAUCUCCAAGCCAUUGACGAAGGACUGAUACAUAGUAUUAGAAGUCACAAAUAUAUAUACUACAGUGACUACUGACGAACAUACACAUAACCGUUUGAGACUGCAGAUCCACCCACAUGCGGGUGUCAAGGGUGUCGCUUUAUGAUGGCUUCAGCUCGCAUUUUACUGGUCCGAGGCUCGCUGGUUUUGAAUGCCAUCUUAGUACUGUACCUGUGCCUGAACUGGCUCUCCUACUCCCCAACUCACGAAGUCGUCCGCCAUUCCCAGGCUCUUUCUGCUCAAGAAGUAAAGGGUAUUCUAUCGUCCAGCCAACCAUCAUUGCCAAUGGAGAUCCCAUUGCCUCCUCUUCCUAAACCGUUAGGAGUUGAUGCCAGUAUAGGAAAGGACGUGUCUCUUGGGGGAAGACGGACGCUCGGGCAAAUGAACGAGGAAGCGGCUGGGGCUGAACCAGAUGAGCCUCCACGAGAAGUGCAAGAGAGCAUUGGUGUCACAGAGCACUUGGUUGCCGAGCCCAUAGCAACAGAGCCUCCUGAUCCUCCUCUGGACUCGCAAGAACGGAAGAUUUAUCCAGACCUGCGAGACUGUACCACAAAGCCUCUCCGUCCUUUUUAUCAACAACGUGGUGAUUAUUGGAUACUGGAAAAUUACAUUCCUGCAGCUCUCUCCUUCCGUUGCGAUGAAUCCAUCACAUACACUACUCAUGGAGAUUAUACAUUUUUGGAUAAUCUAGAACUGUUAACUUCACGAUGGCAAGGUCCAGUAAGUGUGGCAGUAUAUACCCCAGGAUCUGACUUCAAUGCUUCUGUACAGACUAUUUUAUAUCUCCGCGACUGCUGGGCCGAAGGAGUAAAGAAAUAUGUUACUUUUCAUCUUUUCUUUGAUGUGUCACACACACCAAAAGUAAUGCCAACUACUGAAGAAAUUCUCAGGAAAAAGACAGAUUGUGGACAAGAGCCCCCAAAGUGGACUAAUGUUACAACAUACAGACAAGAAAAGAAACUUUUAUAUCCUGUCAAUGUUGCCAGAAAUACAGCGCGUAUGGCUGCCCAAACUUACUUUGUCUUCCCGUCAGAUGUUGAAUUGUAUCCGUCCGCUAAUUUUAUUCCAGAAUUCUUCAAGAUGCUGAAGCGUCCAGAUGCCUCGAACACAACCAGUCCUCGUGUUUAUGUUUUUUCAAUUUUUGAAGUCAAGGAAAACAUCUCGGCACCAGAGACAAAGACUGAAUUGCAAAAAAUGCUCAAGAAAGGAGAUGCGAUUCCUUUCCAUAAAAACGUUUGCCCAAGGUGUCAUAAUAUACCCAUGUCCAAGGACUGGAUUACUGCUCCAGUAAAGCCUGGAUUGUCAGUUUUUCACAUAGGGAAAAGAAACCCUCCCUUCCAUAGCUGGGAGCCGAUUUAUGUAGGAACGAAUAAAGAGCCCUUAUAUGACGAACGCCUUUCUUGGGAAGGCAAGAGUGAUAAAAUGACCCAGAUGUACAUCCUGUGUGUUAGGGAUUACGAAUUUCACAUUCUUGAUAAUGCCUUCCUUGUUCAUCGGCCAGGUAUAAAAAAGCUACGCAAAGAUACAGAAAGGGAUAAAAUUGUUGGAAAACAAAGUUAUACUAUUAAAAAAAAAAUUGUUCCUGAGUACAAAACUUUAUUUGGUUCUCGUAAAAACUGCUUCCUGUGAGGGUUUGCAUUUUGUAGUUAGAAAUCUUAUUUUAUAACUGGAGAGAAUGAGUGCCUUUUAAUUAAUCCAAUUAUCAAUGGGACCAAAAGAUUUUCGGACCCGAAUUAGGAUUAAUUCUUUUAUAUCCAGAUUAAUUUUUUUAUCUUUAGAAUAGUGACAAAGCUUCAAGUUAUUUAUGAAGUGUUUACGUGAACUUAAUAUAUUAUAUCCCAAAUAAAUGGUGAAGCUAGACUCAGUUUGAUGAUAUUCUCUAAGACAACUUGUAAUAGUAUUUUCAGAUAACUAGAGCAUCAGAUAUUGUGAUUUAGGAUUAUACUGUUGCUUGAUGAAUUGUGAUAAAUGAACUUUGUUUUUAGGGAUAACAUGUACUCUAUUUUUAACUCGCCAACAUUCCAAAUUAUGUAUCUUUUGAUGAUAUGCUAGGUAUAAAUAGUUACCAGUUAUGUUGUAAGUGCAAAAACGAAGCCACAUUCAUCAUUUGGCAUUUUUAAUGCUGUACAGUAGUAUGUGAUAUAAAACUUUGUCGAUUUCACAGAUAAUACUGAAUGUUUGACUAUUUAUAAUGAAGAAUUUUUGAAUGUGAAAGCAUUUACGAUUGUGUGUGUGUAUAUAUAUAUAUAUAUAUAUAUAUAUAUAUAUAUAUUAUAUAUAUUUAUCUAUCUAUCUAUCUAUCUAUAUGUGUGCGUAUAUGCAUGUAUGUAUAUAUAGGCUUACAUUUCAGGCCUCGAAUCCAUAUUGAAAAAUGAAGAUGCCUUUUCAUUCUGGGGUGAGAUUUUAACCCAAUAACAGUAGUUAGAAUCAGGGGCGUCAUUUUAUUUUUCCUUUUGGGGGCAAAGGUUUAUUUGAAGCCCCCCUCCUGAAAGAGGGAAGGGGUGGUGAGCGAAGCGAGCCUAACCAGCUGGGGCGUCCGGGGAGCCGUUGUAAGGGUCCCCGAGGAAAUUUUUAGAAAUAUCAACAAAAUAGAAGCAAUUUGAAGCCAGUUUUAAUGGAAGUUUGAAGAAUUUUUAUACCUUAAAAAUGCUGUACAUCAAAUUUUGAGGUAAUAAAUGAAGAUGAAAAGGUAGUGGAAAUUUCUAAACAAACCAAGUUAUAAACUCUAGUAUUGGUCCUAGAAUGUCUGGAAUCCUAGGAAGGAAAGAGAAGGCAUCGUUUUCUAUUUUACAUCUGGUUUCAAGUUUUGUAGUGAUAAAAUUAUCCAAAAAUAUCAGACAUUUGAGAAGAGGUCAUUGUGACUAUAUAUAUAU